UUUUCCAAUGAUUUUGUUUAAUUUUUUAUUUUAUUAGUUCGUGUCAGCAUCAGUGGAAACAUCUAGAAUCAGAUUCAACGGGACGGAUUGGAUAGGACAGGACGGAUAUCUCCGGAGAAAAUCUUAGAACCGCUCCGGGAAAGGGUUGGGAUGGAUCGGAGGUUCGGAUACUCCAGUUAGAAACUUAUUCUUGUUUGAGACCAGGAUCCGGGAUGGCUGCUCUACUCUCCAGCAAGGUGAAGAUGGGAGUAGCUGCAGGAGCAGGAGCUAUUCUCCUAGUCCUUGCUCUACUUGGAGGAGUCGUUGGUUGGAUCCAUACUGGAGAAGAUACAACUCCACCACAGAAUUUCCUGAAGGAUUCUGAAGAGAAUAUAAACCUAAGAAGCCAGAAUAAGCUGAAAACCAAGAAGAUAGAGUUCGAUCGAAAUAAUGAAAACCGGAUAAUUCCAGAUACAGGCGGAGCGGGAUGGCCUGGUACUGGAACUCACUACUAUAAAGGAGACAAGGGAGACAGGGGACUCAGGGGCCCCCCUGGUAUGACAGUCCGUGGACCACCUGGUCCAUCUGGUCCUCCAGGACAAGGAUGGUUGGACCAGUCCUACUCCGGGUCCGGUCCUUCUACUUGUGGUUGUAACGAGUCCUUGCUCAGGCUAUUUGUAAAGGAUGUAAAUCCGAAACUGAUUCCUGGUCCUGUCGGAGCUCCUGGUCCAUCCGGACCAGAGGGACCUUCAGGGCUUCCGGGUUCUAUAGGACCACAAGGAAAUGAAGGCCCACAUGGUCCCCCUGGUCCUAGAGGAGAACCUGGAGAACAAGGAGACCCUGGACCUGAAGGACUGGUUGGACCUAAAGGAGAAGCAGGACGGGAUGGACUUCCUGGUCUCCCUGGUCCUCCAGGUCCUACUGCACCUCAGUCCCUCUUCACUUCCAGUAAAUAUACAGAUCUGUCCUGGCCUAGACGGAAUGUGUUCCAAGAUUCCGGAGAAACAUUUGCUCCGAACCCGGGGAUGGAUUUACACUCCGGAAAGCAGGGUGAGAAGGGUUCUGAGGGUCCCCCUGGACCCUCAGGACCUAGAGGAGAUCCGGGAGACAAAGGAGAACGAGGAUAUCCAGGUUUAAAAGGUGUAAAGGGUUCUCAGGGGGGUAUUGGAGCACCGGGAACAGCAGGUCGGAGAGGAAUGUCAGGAACUCCGGGUCAUGACGGACUUCCAGGGGUACCGGGACAGGACGGGAGACAGGGGAUCAAAGGGGAGAAAGGAGCACUAGGAUGGCAAGGUCCCCCCGGUCCUCCUGGACCACCUGGACUCAUGCUCGGUCCAAACUCUCUAACCAGAGAUGAAGGUUCAGCCCAUCAGGGUUUACAGAAAGGAGAACCUGGAUCCAGCGGACCCCAGGGGUUUAAAGGUGAGAAGGGGGAGAAAGGAGUUGAGGGCCCACCUGGACACACUGGUUCUACAGGUCCUAGGGGCCCACAAGGGCGCAUUGGCCAUCCGGGGAACUCAGGGAUAAAGGGGGAGAGGGGUGAACCCGGUCCCCCUGGGGAAACCCCUGUAAUAGAGGUGGAGGGAAGUAGGAAGAGAAUCCAUCAAAUUGUCCGAGGGAAGAAAGGAGAACAAGGAGAACCAGGACCCCCAGGGAACAGCCAACAAGCCCUUAAAGCUAUAGAGGAAUUGAUAAAACGAGAAAUAUCCGCAAUCCUUCCCAAUCUUUACUCAGAGGUUGGAUUGGAGGAGGGGAGAUUAUCCUGGUUUCCUGAUAAGCAGGAGCUGGCGGUCAGAACUAGCCAGGGUUGGAGACCUAUACAGUUGGGUGAAGUUAUUCAAACCGGAGGAAGAGACUACUCCUGGGGAUCUCAGAACCAGGAUUGGGAGCAGGAGAACCAUGUACAGCAUGAAUAUAACCCGGAGAAACAUGAGGAACCACCGCGAUGGGACGAGGAGGAGGAAACUCAAAACAACUUUGAAGAAAAUCCGCAAAAUUGGGACGAAUCGCAGGACAUCCCGCAACAACAAUGGGAUGAGUCUACUCCGGACAAGGGUUGGAACGAAUCCCCGGAGAAGGAUGGAUCCCGACAGGACUGGUCUAAAUACUCCGGACCUGAAACUAAUCCUGGAUUAAGUUACACCUUUUCUCCGAUCCUACACGGACCAAAGUGGGUUCCAACCAAGCUACGUAUAGCAGCAUUGAACUCUCCAAGAACUGGAUCUAUGGGAGGGAUUAACAGUAUCAACUAUGAGUGCUAUAGAGAGGCUAGUCGAGCAGGAUUGCAUGGAACCUUCAGAGCUUUCCUCAGUAGUGAACUUGGGAAUCUAGAAUCUAUAGUUAGGUUUGGAGACAGAGACCUACCAGUUGUAAACCUGAAGGGUCAACUCCUCUACACUACCUGGAGAGAUAUUUUCCUCGAACAGAGACUGCCUGUGUUUGGAAUGAAUUCUAUCUAUAGUUUCUCCGGAUUAAAUAUUUUAAACCAUACAACAUGGCCAAUGAAGUCUGUUUGGCAUGGAUCUGGAUUAAGUUGGGAGCCAGCAGGAGGGGGUGGACCUGCAGCAUCUUCUCCUCCGGGUACCUGCUCAGGCUGGCACUCGGAGUCAAGCCUUGAGGUCGGGUUCGCGAAUGCUAUCGGAGAUCCGUCCUCAUCCCUCCUUACUCCACAGAGGGUACACUGUAACAACGCUCUGGCAGUUCUAUGCGUGGAAUCCAGUCCUCCCUCGGGGGCAGGACGGAGAAAACGGGAUACAUAUAAUUACUCCAACCCGAAGAAAUCACAAGAUCUUAACCCAUCCAAGCAUGGUGCUUCUCAGUUUCCAACUAAAACCAAACAUUCUCCUGUCUCCCAUCUUGAAAAUGACUUAAAAUCGAAACAAAUGGAUUUUCAAGAGAAAAAUUCUCCAAAUGAUCAGGUUCGUGAAGAUACGAACUUGGCUCAGAUAUCCAGCACAAUCAAAGAAUCGAACCCUGAUCCAAUAUCCCGUAAAAGUACAGAAUCGAAUCCUACCCUAAUAUCCAGUACAAGCACAGGAUCGACCCCUGAUACAAUAUCCAAUACAAGUACAGAAUUUAAUCCUGCUACAAUAUCCAGUACAAGUGCAGUGCUGAACCCAGCUACUUUUACCAGUACAAGUACAAAACCAACACAAGCUUCUACAUCAAGUACAAGUAAAGAACCAACCCCUGCUCUUAGUUACAGUACAGAUAAGGAACCAAUAUCCAAUACAAGUACAGAAUUGAACCUUGUUCCAAUCACCAGUACAAAUGAAGAACCGAACCCAGCUCCGAUGUCAGCUGAAAGCACGGAUCUAAAUCCAACUCCAGUAUCCGGUGCAAGUUCAAGCCCCAAAUCAGCUCCCGAACCCCAGAUAUAGGUAAAAAAAACGGAAAAAACUUUUCCUUAUCCUUGGAACAGAACUGAAAUGUUCUUCAAAUGUAUUGAAAUCUUCAAAAUAUCUAAUAAUUUAAAUUUUCUUUUGAAUGCUUAAAAACUAGCAAUUCAAUCAGCCGGCUGCAAAUAUGUAUGAUUAAUCUAUUAUAUCUGCAAUAUCUACCGAAAAAAAACAGAAAAUCUUAAUUUUUAGGUAAAAAAUGUAAAAGAUCAGCUAGAAAACAAACAAUAUCAGCUCAAAAUCUGUUUUAUCAGCUUAAAAUUUACAAUUUCACCUAAAAAUUAAAAAAAUUUUACUAUCAACUUAAAAUCUAAGUAUUUGCCUAAAUUUGUAAAUUUAGCCUAAAAUUGUAAUAUCAACCAAAACUCUUAAAUAUAAGCUUAAAAUCCACAAUUUUAACUUAAAAUCUGUAAUAUCAACUUAAAAUCUGUAAUAUCAGCUUAAAUUUUGCAAAUUCAGCCUAAAUUAUGCAAAUUCAGCUUAAUUAAUUCAGUUUAAAAUUUGUGAUUUAACCUAACAUUUUGUAAUUUCUUCUAA